UCCGGUGGUGGGUAGCCGCCUCUCGCUAGCUUGUCUCGGUAAACAAGCCUAGAGGAGCCCGACACGCCGCCGCGGCAACUAAUGUCCACAUUCUGCGCAUUCCCAAAUAAAGGGUUUAGACCAGUUACUUUUUCUAGGUGCCGUUCGAUGAAAAAGCCCGCGUGGUUUCUCCUCCCUUAGAGCGGCCUCUGGUCUUUAGCCGGCUAGCCUGCUAGCGUUAGCCCCAGGAGACGUGAGUCUCCACAAACCUGGAGAUGUCGCUUGUGGAUCUGGGAAAGAGACUGCUGGAAGCAGCCCGGAAAGGUCAGGACGAUGAGGUCCGGAACCUGAUGGCCAACGGGGCGCCGUUCACCACCGACUGGUUGGGGACGUCUCCGCUCCACCUGGCAGCUCAGCAUGGUCACUACUCCACCGCAGACGUCCUGCUGAGAGCCGGUGUCAGCCGGGACGCCCGCACCAAAGUGGACAGGACCCCGCUGCACAUGGCUGCUGCCGAGGGGUACACGGUCAUCGUGGAGCUGCUGCUCCGGAGCGGAGCAGACAUCAACGCCAAAGACAUGCUGAAGAUGACGGCUCUGCACUGGGCAGCGCAGCACGGACACCACGGCGUCGUCGAGACCCUCAUCAAACACGGGGCGGACGUGCACGCGCUCAGUAAAUUUGACAAGACGCCGUUCGACAUCGCAGUCGACAUCCAGAACACAGAGCUGAUGCUGCUGCUGCAGGAGGGGAUGCAAAACCAGGUUAACAUGAACCAGGUGAAUAUGAACCAAGUGAGUAUGAAUGUGGAGACGAGCACCACCACCAACCAGCCCCAGUUCAUCAUCCAGGGAAUCCCUGCCAUCCAGGGAGGGGUGGUCAACCUGGCCGAGCUGCUCAACAAGGCUAACGCAGGAGAUUCCGAGGAGGCGAUGGCUGCCAGUGCACUCGACUCCAACAUCCAGCAUGCCGCGGUUGUUAAUGAGGGCGGCCAGAGGGUCAUCACCAUAGUAACGGACCAGCACGGGAACCUGCAGACCACCGGAGGGAUGUCACAGCCGUUCUUCGUCACAAUGCAGCACGGACAGCAGAUGUUGGCAGUUCCCGCCAACACGGUGACGGAGGAGGUGAUGACGGAGGAGCCUCAGCCUCCGCCCUCCAGGAAGAGGAAGCUGGAGGUGACCAACAACCACAACGACACAGCAGAGACGGAGUUGCUACAGAGGCAACUGCAGGAAGCCAACAGGAAAGCUCAGGAGUAUCGGCAGCAGCUGAUGCGUAAGGAACAGGAAGCCGAGGAGUACCGUAUCAAACUGGAGGCCAUGGCCCAGAGUCAGGCCGGCGGCACCAACGCCAUCGCCGCCAUCAGCACCGCCGCCACCGCUGCCAGCCCCGAGGAGGUGGUGGGGGGGGAGGACGAGGAGGAGGGGGCGGCCGGGGUGGUGGAGGAGGAGGGGGAGAUGGUGGUGCUGCAGGAGGGGGGCAUCAUCAUGGAGGGGGAGGAGGGCCAGGUGACGCUGGUGGAGACGGGGGCAGAGGCAACACAGGUCAGCUCCUAACAGAGACGGAGUCGCAGGGUGACGGAGGGCGAGGAGCGGGAGACGCACCGAUGAAAGGACGCUUCAUAACAGGAGAUGGUUGAUCAGACUCAUGUAUCUAACUGAGACAGACGGGAAGGAGCUGAGUCACGGCAGGAAACCUGCACCACUUUGAAAUCCUUUGAUCUAAUGGGAGAAGAGAAACAAAAUGGGCUCAUGACAAGAAUAUUCCAAGAGGAAAGGUGGACUAAGAGGAAUUACCGUGGUGGUGUGGUUCAGCUCUGCAUCAUUCAAAGCACUGAAUGAUUUGAUACUUCCAGAUCAGGAGGACGUGGAAGUGCAUAAUGGAUGACUAACCAUUUAUUAUCUUUAGUUUGUACCUCUUUUUAUUUUUUCCUCCUUCCGUGGGCUCCAAUGUGUUUAAAGCAUGAUGGAAGCCGUUGGAACGCAGAGGGAAGAGGAGGAAUGUGCGCAGGAUGAGUUUGAAUCGUCACUCAAACAUUUCCGUUGUAUCUGUCUUCCGACAGAGAUGCUCCGAGUUUGAAGACAGUCUUCUGUGUUAAUACUCUUUGUUUUUUGUUAUUUUUUUCCCCCUAAUUUUCCGAAUUUAAUCAGUCCGUGGUAGAGACCCAAUGAUUACGACUAAGGUCAGGUGGUUCAUGUAGAUGCAGGGUCAGUAAUGCAACAACAGUUUACAGUUUUAGUUUGUUCUGUAACCGUUUCUCCUAUUGAUUUUACCGUUUGCUUGAAUACCAUUGCUUAGCUCUAUUUUACUUCUUUAUCCUAUUUCGUUUACAUGACACUGUUUUCCUCUUGGCUGCUGCAUUUGAUGAAUGAUAACGUCAGCAUGGCUUUUCUAAAGUCAUCAUAACUCCACAUGUUGAUCAUUUGGGACCAUGUUGUCCUACGUGACACUGAGGUUAGUGGUUAGAGUAGAGAAAACAAGGCCACGUCCAGAGCUGUGAAAAUAAGGACAAGUCCAGUUUUCAGGGUUGUUCUAGCACUAAAGUAUCUGCUUCUGAAAUGCCAUAUAAUCUUUUUCAUAUUUUGUCUUUAUGUUGGAUGUAAUUGCUUAUAAAUUUGGUAUUUUUCAGAUGCAAUAUCAUGUCAAAUAGCAAAAUAAUUUCACAACCCCUGAUAAGGGUUUGAACGCCUGACAGCAUUUCAGUAAGUUCAAUAAUUAAUCUUAUAUUAACUGAUAAGACCAAAUCGUCUCCCCCAAACAAAGACAUCUAUUUUCUGUUCACAUAUCAAUGCCUAUUGCAUUCUUAGUUGUGAAACAAACAAUACACGGAAUUCCACUUCUCCUUAACCCCUGACAGGAACUAAACAAGGUCCAUCCUAGAAACCAGACCUGAUUAUUGGUUCAGAACCAGUUUCUAUUUUCCAUCAGGUGGUUAUGAGCCAUUUCACCUGACAGGGGUGGCAGGGUGUAGAUCUAUGUAGGUGUAGAUCUAUGACUGAUACUCAGGUGGGUUGGUUUGUUUUUGGUAAAGAACUAUUAACUAACCCCCCCAAGAAAAAAAGUCAAAAACACUCAUUUUAUUAAUAUAGAAAGAUACACUGUACUUGUACUUCACCUCUAACUAAUUAAUUUGUCUAUAGUUGAUGAUCACCAAAUCCUGCUCCUAAUUUUCUUUUUCCGAUAUAGUCUAUCGGAUCUUAACAUUUUUUUAAACUGACUAAUUAUUCAGUAGAUUUAACAGCUUCUAGAAAUAGACGCACGUUACACAUAACAUAAUUAAGAAUUCAGUUAUAAAGUGAAAAGAUCCUGAGAGAUCUGAAAUUUGAGCUAUUAUAGAAAUCCAAAUACUUAUGUUUUGCCUGUUUUUUAAAUAAAGGAGCAAAAUAUCCCAUUAACGUCAGUGUCUAUCUACACAGUCCACAGUGCUAAAAUAGUUUCACAUGAGUUUUUGAUGCUCUUCUUGACGUAUUAAUGUCAACUAGACAUGUAACACGUAGCAUGUUGCGCGGUAAUACAUUAGAUAAUUUGUAAUACAGAUAAUUGAGUAAAGCAGUAAUACAGUGUAUGGUCCAUUGGCUUGAAGUGUGAAUGCAUGAAAUAAUUUAAUAACCUUAAAUUUGAAUAAUUUAGGUGUCCAAAAACAAAUAGAGUAAAUUAAACUGGAAACACUCCUAAGGCAUCACAUCAACUUCAGCCUUAAUGUUUUUGGUUUCAACCAACCAUCCAUGGGAAAAUUGAUUGAUGUGUGAUUGCAGUGGUCGAUGACAUAUGGUGCAUCUUGCGUACUUUUGUUUCUUAACAAAAGCAUGAGACGAUCAAUUAUUCUUACCUUAUUUUGUCUCAUGUCAUCCACAAUAAGAUGAUGAGCAGGGCCAACGUGUGUUGUUAUGUACCAGAAUCCCUAAAAUCAGCCGAGAGAAAGAGCACAGUGGUGCUUUUAUUAAUUUUAAUUGCCCUGAAUUUAAACUGAUGUCUUUUCCGGCAGACAUAGUUUCUCUCACUCAUCGUUAUUGAGUUUUGACAAUAGCCAUAGAUUCCCUAUCGCAACCCGCUGAAUGUCAAGCACAGCCUGGACCCUAAUCUGCGGUAAAACAUUUUUACUUCUGAAAAAUGUCAGUUAAUGCUGCAGAAAAUGAGACGACAGAUCCUCAACACUGCGAGUUCAGAGAAAUAACUGUUUUUCAACAGCUCUUGCUUAGGAAAUUAAUGUAGAAAUGAACUUGGGCCAUUUUUGUAGAGUUGACAGAGAAGCAGGAGGCAGGUUGGAGUUGACAGUUUGGUUUGAGAUAUGAAAAAAAAAAGUCAGACAUGCUUUACUAAGAUGCUUCCUCUUUGUCAUGAUUUUUUUUUUUUAAACAACCCAUUUCUGAUAUGUGAGUUCAACGUUGGUAAUUUUACAAACCCACCUGCAUCCUCCUAGCAGCUUUUUAUACCCUACCUUUCUCUCUUUCUUUAAUCAAUUGUCCAGCAUCAUCUGAGUUAUAGUUAUUUUUAUAUGCUCAGCAAAGCCAACUCUUUUCUAUGUACAUAUAAAGUUGUAUUUUUUUAACUACCUGACUGCUUCUUCAUUAUGAUGACGGCUUCCUGCCUUGGUUAUCCAACAUAUAAACUUUUUUUGAAUAAGAA